AAAGAAAAAAAAUCAGUCUCUCUCCCGUACUCGCUCUCCCUCUUUCUCUCUGGUGGAAAACGCCUCUGUUUAAUCUGAAUUGAGUGAAGCUUUGUUGAAUUCAGUGAAAGCAUCUGUGGAGGGAAGAGAGAUGACUAAGAAAAAGAACCCUCUUGUAUUCCUAGACGUAUCAAUUGAUGGGGAUCCUGUGGAAAAAAUUGUUAUUGAGCUUUUUGCAGAUGUUGUUCCUAAGACAGCAGAGAAUUUUAGGGCACUCUGUACAGGUGAAAAGGGUGUUGGAACUUCUACUGGGAAACCUCUGCACUACAAGGGAUCAUUUUUUCAUCGUAUAAUUAAAGGAUUCAUGGCCCAAGGUGGUGAUUUUUCAAAGGGAAAUGGCACUGGUGGAGAAAGUAUUUAUGGAGGGAAGUUUGCAGAUGAGAAUUUUAAACGGGCACAUGAAGGGCCUGGUUUUCUCUCUAUGGCAAAUAGUGGUCCAAACACAAAUGGGUCCCAAUUCUUUAUGACUUUCAAGCGUCAACCCCAUCUUGAUGGGAAACAUGUUGUUUUUGGCAAGGUUGUGCAGGGAAUUGACACCUUGAAGAAAAUUGAACAAUUGGGAACAGGUGAUGGGAAACCUGCUCGGCUUGUAAAAAUUGUAGACUGUGGUGAAACUUCUGAAAAUAAAAUUCAUGGUGCUGUUGGAACAGAGAAAGGGAGAAAGAAAAAAUCUGCGAAAGCACUUUCUUCUGAUGACAGUUCUGAUGAGCAAGCAAGAGGAAGACGCAAGAACUCUCUCAAAGACAGAAGAAAGAAAAGAAAACGGAAAUACUCAUCAUCUGAUUCAUACAGCUCCGAUACUGAUUCUGAUUCUUAUUCUUCUGAUAAUGAUUCAGCUUCAGAUUCAGAUUCCUCACUAUCAGAUUCAAGUUCCUCCAGCGAUGGAAGGCGUAGAAAGAGGAGGAGACCAUUGAAAAGAGAUAAGCACCAGCGCGGGAAAAAAAGGAAGGAUGGACGAAAGGAUAGGAAGAGAGGUCUACGUGACAAAAAAUCACGGCACAAGUCCAAAUGGAGUUCAGAGAGUUCGAGUGGAACAGAUAGUGGGAGUACUAGCAGCAGCAGAAGCAGCUCUGAUGAUGAGAAAGCCAGUCAUCAUGUUUCUGCUCAUAAAACCAGUAACUCAACGCACACUGAAAGCAAACACCCACGAAAUUUAGAUGCAGGAAAGAAAACUGGGGCCCUAGAACAAGAUACUAUUGCAAAACCACAAAAGGAUCAUGAACUGAAGAUGUCUGAGGAUGAUUCAUCGCACGAAGAGGGGGAAUUUUCUCAAAAGAAUGAACUUCUAAAUAAUGGACAUGGUACAGAAGCUAAAUCUGAGAAAACUGCCAAGCAACAUCCAUUGUCAGAUGACUCGGGCAAAUCCAGGAGUCUCACUCCCAGCCCAAGAAGAAGGGCAAAGAUUAGCCCAAGGAGAAAUCCAAGCAUUAGUCCUAAAAAAAUCUCAACUAUGAGUCCCAGAUACCAGCAUGACAGUCGCAGUCCUGCUAGGAAGUCUGGCAAGCGAAACCAGGGAAAUUCAAGGAGCCCAUUAGGUAGUCCUGCCCGCAAAGCCACUGAACCUCCUGCUUCGAAUCAUGGACGUGGUUUGUCAAGAAGCCCUUCUCCCAAUGGUGCUCCAAAACGCAUUAGAAAAGGGCGUGGUUUUACUGAUCGUUUCUCCUUUGCACGUCGAUACCGUACUCCAUCUCCAGAGCGUUCCCCGCGCCGGUCCUACCCUUACGGUGGAAGAAAUGUUAAUGCAAGGAAUCGCGAUAGGUAUUCAAGCUACAGAAGUUACUCAGAGCGCUCCCCACAAAGACGUUACAGAAGCCCACCACGAGGAAGGAGUCCCCCCAGAUACCGACGCAGAAGAAGCAGAAGCCGGAGUGCGUCUCGCAGCCCAGGUGCUUACCAUGGUCGUAACAGGGUCCGCAGCCGGAGUCCAAUGCGUAGUCCAAGUCCUACAGAUAACCGACCUCCCAUAAGUGAGAGGUUAAGGUCCCGUCUUGGACCCCAAGGUGAUGAUCAGCGCCCUUCAGAUAAAGGAAGGUUCAGAUCAAGGUCCAGGAGCAGAGGCUCAUCUGGAUCUGGAUCGACAGAGGCCACCCCACAAAAACCCUGCAGUAAAGCAGCUUCCAUGUCUCCCAGCAGGUCUAGAUCAAGCUCCCCAGAUGGACAAAAGGGUUUAGUCUCCUAUGGAGAUGCCAGUCCCGUAUGAGACAAACAGUUUUUAUUGGCGAUGGUUUGUAGAUUGGCAAGGACUAGCUUUCUGGGUAGACCUUUUAUCACCAUUUGGUGUACAAAAAGGCUUGACAGGCAUGAUGAGAAGCGUAUUAACCAGGUUCAAUCUUGCUAUGAUGGAAUGUAAUCUAAACAGCUUGGGGCUUGCCCAUCUCUUGGAAUUUUCUUGAUUUUGGCAUUUACUAAUAUUUGAUCCAAAUCUGAAAUAAGGCACCUUGACAUGGUUUGGAUAAUUAUCUGGGUGUUACAGCAACAUCUGAUGCGUUUGGCCUCCGGAGCUGAAACAGUUUUUCCUGGACUUGCAUGAAGAACAGUUUAUUUCUGUAUUGCCCUGUACUCUUGCUUUCUUUUAUCCAUGAAAUAUUUAGACUAGUUAAAAGACUUUUUUUGCUGCUCC